AAUCCGCUCUCUAGUGGACGCUCAUUCAAUUCCUAAGGAAGUUUACUUCAGUUCGUUUCCGGGUUACCAAGAAGUGUGCAGUGUGUGUUCCCACGUGAGUCCGAAAAUGGUUAAGCCAGAAACAUGUAUGGAGGUAACCCAGGAGAAGAAGGCCAAGAAGAAAAGCAAGGGUGUGCCAGAUGAUGGGGGAGAGACUGAAAGUCAAGCAAAGAGCAAAAAGGUGAAGAAGAAGAAGAAUGCUGCAGCUGCUGCUGAUGUCACCAAUGGCGAGGAUGUCAGUGCAGGAGAAGAGGAGGCGAGCAUCAAGGUUAAUAAGAGCAAGAAAAAGAAAACAACAGAGGAGGCCUCAGGUGAGCGGGGCCAGGACUCCACCAGCAUCACAAACGGUAAGAGCAAAAAGAAGACGACUGGGGGAAAGAAGAAGAAGAAGAAGUUGGACGGGGCGGAACCAGAGCCCGUUUCUGAAGUCAUUGUUGGAGAUGGUAAGAAAACUGGAAACAAAGGGGAUGGGCAGAAGGAGCUGUCGAGCGCUGCUGUGAGUGUUUACACUACUGAGAAAAGGGGAGAAGAGGAGGAGGAGAAGAAGAAAAAGAAGAGAAAGAGGAAGACCCCGGAAGCGGACAGCUCCGGGGCUGAAGCAGGUAACGGAGGACGGGAGGGGAAUGUUCCGGAAGAUGUGGGCCGCGUCGAGGUGCAGGAGAAUGGCGCUGAGGGCACUCCAAACAAAAGGAGGAAGAAGACCGCGGUGAAAAAAGACGGCGCGCUCAAUGAAGGGAACGUAGAAGAAACGGGGGGAAAGGCGGACGAGAAGAAAAAGAGAAAGAAGAGCUUGAAGGCGGCCGCUGUGCAAACGAGUGUCAGCGCGGAGGCGAGCGCUGAGGAGACGGGCGCGGGCGAGAGCGAAGGACAACAUUCCAAGAAGGAGAAGAGAAGGAAGGAGAAGAAGGAGAAAGGGAAGGGUGUUGUGGCCAGAGAAGGGGCUGUGGAGGUGGGACCGGAUGCUGACGCCAUUAUGGCCAAUAAGGCUGAGGCAGCGGAGGUUAAGCGAGAGAAAGGAGGGAAGAAAAAUAAAAAGAAGGCACCCAGUGGAGAGGCAGGCGUCAGCCCUGACACUGGUGCCUGCGAUGGACAGAACGAGGAAGCGGCCCAGACGGAGGAGGUGCUGGAAAAAAAGAAGAAAAAGAAGAAGGGAACGGCUCCUGGGGCUAAUGUGGACGCCAGCGGAGAAGAGGCAGGGAAUGGUGUGAAGACUCAGAAAAAGAGAAAAGAGAAAGAGGUGAUCACGGCCGAAGGGGAGAAUGGCACGGAUGUCGAUGUGAAAGGAAAGCAGGACAAAGAGGAGAAAAAGAAGAAGAAGAAGAGGAAGGCCCUGGUGGAGGUUGGGGAGGAGGAGGCUGUGGCCAAAGGUUUGAACAGCCAGGAAAGUGAGGGGGAACCAAAGAAGAAGAAGAAGAAGAAGGAAAAAAAGGCAGAUUUGGUUCACGGUGAGGAGCAGUCUGGAGCAGAGGAAGCCACCGCACCCCUGCGGAAGAAAGAAAAGGAGAGAACAGAGAAAAAGAAAAAGAAGAAGACUGAGGGGCAGGAGGAGUGUGUCCGGGAAGUGGACGGAGAGGCGGAGGAAAAGAAGGGGGCGGCAGAGGAGGGAGAGAGAGCCAUGAGACCUGCUCUAAACGGCGUGAAAGGAAAAAAAAAGAAAAUUAACGCCAACGGGGGGAGCCCGUCGGUGACCAGGGCGGGAGCGGCCGUGGAGAGCGAGACACCACCGAAGAAGAACAAGAGGAAAGGACAGGGGGAAGAGGGGGAGGGAACACGGAAACUGAGGAAGAAGAAAAAAGAGAGCGAGGAAGGGGAACCUGAGGAAGAGAAGAAAGUUACUCGGGUGAAAAGUGACCCCGAGGAGAAAGCGGUUGAAGUGGUGUUCGUCUCUGAGAAAAUGGGCAAUAUGGACGAGGUGACAAUUGACCAGGUGAGGAGACAGGCUCUUCAGAUGGAUAUCGACAAUGAGUCACGUCCCAAAGCCUCAAACGGUUCACUGGGUCUUGGCCAGUGGAGCACCGCCCAGUUUGAGAGUUCCGGCCAACAGCAGAAGUUCCUGCGACUGAUGGGCGGGUUCAAGAAGGGUGGCCAGCCAAUGGGGUCAAGCGAGGGGAAGGCAAACAUGGCACUGGGGAAGGAAGGGCAGGACUUUUUGCAGAGGGGCCUUUUGGCAGAAUUUGAGCGCGCUCAGGACCGGAGGAUGGAUUUCCAAAACAAAGGGGCGGGGCUGGGCUUCUCCCCUCCGUCCAAUAAGAAGUUUUCCAUUGACGCCAACGCUCGCCACUCCGUCCGUUUAGACGACUGAGGCAGCGGAAGUGCAGCUGACGAGCAGGCUAGCCGGCUGGGAGACUCUCGAUAGACACACAGGCUGAUAGGCUGGAGCUGUCCCACUGCCACCACAGCGGAGUGGAGUACAGCUGAAUAAAAUGGCACACAGCCACGGGAAACUGGCCACAGGACCCCCCCCCCCCCCCCCCCACAGCCGAGAAGCAGGGCUUUUAGGGUCAUCUUUCGGCACGUCUGGUGGGAGCACCACCUCAUUUGGCUGCUGCUGGAGGAGUGAGCCCCUGAGAUUGCAGUCUUCCACAUUCACCCAUGAAUGUGUUCAGCGAGCAGCUCCUGCAACCAUGGCAUUUUACCAUAAGGACCAUUCGAGAGGGCAAGCAGUUCAGGAAAUUCAUUGUGGUUGAUUUUUGAGCAGGGUGAACAAUCCUGUUGAAUUUUCCACAAUAUAUUUUUGAUAAUUUAUUGACUUGUGUAUGUAUGUGUGUUGUUGCCCUAAAUGGAGAGGCCCUUGAUAAAUAAAUUCCCUACAAUGUCCCUGA